UUUUCUUCGCAGUUUGGCUCAUUGCCUAACAUUUCGCCACACUCUCUCUCUCUUUUAUCUGUUCAUCUUUAUUGCUCUCUAUCUCCCUAUUUAUUCAUUCACACUGCUCUGCAGAUUGUAGGCUCAAGUGGGUACGUAUCAAUCCUUCUUGGUAAAUUUCAGCCCUCAACCCUCUCUCUCUCUCUCACAUCUCUUCCUCUAUAUUUUCUCUUGUUCAUUAUUUUGGGUUCCAUGCAUGCUUGAAUUGAUUGCAGGAUACUCUUUGGUUUCCCUCCUUUCGCGUCUAAGGCGCUUGUGUUUUUGUCCCACCAACUUUCUUCUUUCCGUCUGGUAAUUCUUCAUUUUGUCCAAUUUUGAUAGAGAAAUUGUUUUCUAUCUCCCUUAGGAAUUAAUGUUGUGCACUACAUGAAUAUUUCCAAUUCCCCUCACAAAUUUGCAUGUUGAUAUACUAUUGAUUCCACCACGCCAAUUGGCAUUACAUAUAUGUGUUGCUUCAACUCUUGCUAGUGAACUCUUCCAGAUGAUGUGAUGAUGGAAAUCUUGAAUAAUAUUUAAGAGUUUCUUUCCCCCCAUGCCCCAUCGUUUUUGUUCCUUUGGAAAUGGAGAGGGAGUGGAACUGUCACAUUCAAUUGCAUUUGCAUUUGCUUCUAAUUGUUUGUUACUCGUUCAUACCCGUUGAAUCGUUGAAUGAAGAGGGGGCUUUUCUUUUGGAGUUCAAAAAAUCCCUUGUUGAUCCCUCUAAUAAUCUUCAAAGUUGGAACUCAUUAGAUUCAACUCCAUGCAAUUGGAGCGGCAUAGGAUGUGCUGAUAACUUUAGGGUAUCUUCCAUCAAUCUCAAGGCCUAUAAUUUGUCUGGUAAUCUAUCUUCAUGCGUUUGUAAGCUGCCUUACUUGACUGAGUUGAACAUGUCGACCAACUUCAUUUCUGGUCACAUUCCUAGCGAUCUUGCUCAUUGCAAUAAUUUGGAGGUUUUAGACCUAUGCACUAACAGAUUUCAUGGGGAAUUGCCAACCCAACUUUUCGAAAUGGCCUCCCUUAGAAAGCUUUCUCUGUGUGAGAAUUAUGUCUAUGGUGAAAUUCCAGAAGAGAUUGGAAACUUAACUUUGCUUGAAGAGCUUGUUAUUUACAGUAACAAUCUCACGGGAAUGAUCCCCUUGUCCCUUAGUAAGUUGAAAAGGCUUAGGAUUUUAAGGGCGGGUCGAAACUUUCUAUCAGGCCCGAUUCCAGCAGAAAUCAGCAAAUGUGGGAGGUUAGAGGUACUUGGGUUGGCACAGAAUAGGUUAGAGGGUUCUUUUCCUAAAGAGCUUCAAAGACUUAGGAAUCUCACUGACUUGGUGCUUUGGCAAAACUUUUUGUCUGGUGAGAUUCCUCCUGAAAUCGGAAACUUCAAUAGCUUGGAGCUGCUUGCUUUGCAUGGCAAUGCUUUCAUUGGAAGCAUUCCCAAAGAGAUUGGAAAAUUAACCCAGUUGAAAAGAUUGUACCUUUAUACCAACCAGCUGAAUGGGACAAUUCCUAGGGAGCUAGGAAGUUGUCUUAGUACAAUUGAGAUCGAUCUCUCCGAGAAUAAAUUGAGUGGUUUUGUUCCGAAAGAGUUAUGCAAUAUUUCAAACCUCCAGUUGCUUCAACUUUUCGAAAACCUCCUUCAAGGAAGUAUACCCGGGGAGAUUGGACAGUUAAAGCAGUUGUGGAGAUUGGAUUUGUCCAUAAAUAAUUUGACGGGAGUAAUUCCCCCCGAGAUUCAAAACCUGAUGCUCUUGGAGGAUUUACAACUCUUUGAUAAUAAUCUCCAAGGCACCAUUCCACCUCUCAUUGGAGUUAACAGUAACCUCUCUAUUCUUGACAUCUCUGCCAAUGGUCUUGUUGGUAGCAUACCUCCUCAACUUUGUAAAUUCCAGAAGUUGUCAUUUCUCAGCCUUGGGUCGAAUAGGUUAUCCGGAAAUAUCCCUGAUGGUCUAAAAACAUGCAAGUCCCUUACACAUCUAAUGCUAGGAGAUAAUUUGCUCACAGGAAGCCUCCCUGUUGAAUUUUCUGAACUUCACAAUCUAUCUGCUCUGGAGCUGUAUCAGAAUAGAUUCUCCGGGCCUAUACCCCCAGAAUUAGGGCAACUUAGGAAUUUAGAGAGGUUGCUCUUGUCAAAUAACUAUUUUUUGGGUUUUAUCCCUCCUGAGAUUGGAGAACUGGCGACACUUGUCAUAUUCAAUAUCUCUUCCAACCGGCUUUCUGGGAGCAUUCCUUAUGAGUUGGGUAAUUGUACAAAGCUCCAGAGGCUUGACCUUAGCAGAAACCGGUUCACUGGCUACCUUCCUGAUGAACUUGGCAAGCUAGUAAAUUUGGAAUUGCUUAAGCUUUCUGAUAAUAGAUUUAGUGGGCCGAUACCAAGUACCUUAGGGGGUCUGGCCCACCUUACCGAAUUGCAAAUGGGGGGGAACUAUUUCUCUGGCAGUAUCCCUGUUGAGCUUGGUCAAGUUGUUUAUCUUCAAAUUGCUCUUAAUAUUAGCCAUAAUGCUCUUUCCGGAACAAUUCCUGCAAAUCUGGGGAACUUACAAAUGCUAGAGUCACUCUAUUUGAAUGACAAUCAGCUCGUGGGUGAAAUUCCAGUUUCAAUUGGUGAGUUGAUGAGUCUUACGGUGUGCAACCUUUCUAACAAUAACCUGGUUGGGUCAUUGCCGAACACCCCUAUUUUCCAAAAGAUGGAUUCAAGCAAUUUUGCUGGAAACAAGGGAUUAUGCGGAUGGAAUGUUAGCCGCUGUCACUCAUCGUCAACCCGAUCACGAUCGAGAAGUUGGCUAAAGGAGGGUUCUUCCAAGGAGAAGCUAGUGAGCAUUAUCUCUGUAAUUGCAGGGUUGAUCUCUUUAGUUUUCACGGUGGCUGUUUGUCUGUUUAUAAAACGCCGAAAACCUCCUUUCGUUUCACUUGAAGACCAAGCGAAACCAGACGAGUUAGAUAAUCAUUACUACUUUCCCAAAGAAGGGUUCACAUAUCAGGACCUUGUGGAGGCUACUGGGAAUUUUUCAGCAGGUGCAGUCAUAGGAAAGGGAGCCUGUGGCACUGUCUACAAAGCUGUCAUGACUGAUGGAAAGAUGAUUGCUGUCAAAAAGUUGAAGUCUCGUGGAGAAGGAGCUAGUGUUGACAGCAGCUUUCAUGCUGAGAUAUCAACCCUUGGAAAGAUCAGCCACCGGAAUAUUGUAAAGCUCUAUGGCUUUUGCUACCACCAGGACUCUAAUGUUCUCUUGUAUGAGUAUAUGGCUAAUGGCAGUCUGGGAGAACAACUUCAUGCGAAUGAGCAAACGUGUUUACUGGACUGGAGCGCUCGAUACAAAAUAGCUUUUGGAGCAGCCGAAGGCUUGUGCUAUCUCCAUUAUGAUUGCAAGCCCCAAAUCAUUCACCGUGAUAUCAAGUCGAACAACAUUUUGCUGGAUGAAAAGCUUCAGGCCCGUGUGGGAGAUUUUGGCUUGGCGAAAUUGAUUGACUUUCCUUUCUCAAAAUCCAUGUCUGUUGUUGCUGGUUCAUAUGGCUACAUCGCCCCAGAAUAUGCUUACACAAUGAAAGUGACCCAAAAAUGUGACAUUUAUAGUUUUGGAGUUGUUUUACUGGAACUUAUUACCGGGAGGUCUCCAGUGCAACCCCUUGAUCAGGGAGGGGACCUGGUCACUUGGGUGAGAAGAUCAAUCCAUGCUGGCAUGCCAAUGUCCGAGAUAUUUGACAAACGGCUGGAUCUGAGUGCAAGAAAGGUUAUUGAAGAGAUGACUCUGGUUCUCAAAAUUGCAUUAUUUUGCACCAGCUCAUCCCCUCUUAGCAGACCGACUAUGAGAGAGGUUAUUGCCAUGAUGAUAGGUGCUAGAGAAUCUGUGAGCAGUGCACCGUCCUCUCCAACAUCAGAAACUCCCUUAGAUAAAGAUGAUUCAAGCAGAGACUGCAUGGUGCCAUAGGCCUUUGACUCCCGAUAGAAAAGAAGAGAGGUGUGCUCUGAAGAUUUCGUAAUGCUGAUGUUUUUAUACCUCUUAUAGUCUUUCUGGUCUAAUUUUGCUUAUGCAAUGCAAUAAAGAGGCCAUACCUCACCUUAUAAAAUCAUGGAUCAAGAAGGCUGCCCUUCCUCUCUUGGAGAAUGUAAGUUUUGAUCUGAAGCAGCUUAGUCUUACCAUGUUGACAAAGAAGGAAAAAGAAUAGUUGCUUUUAAUAAGCUUCUGCUGAA